AUGAAUGAGGCAGGAUACGUGGACAUGCCCGUCCAAUCCGAGGGUAUUCAGCAUUCGGGGCAGCCUAUUGCCAAUGUUCCCACCAUGGUGCAAGCAUCACUGCGUCAGCCUUUAGACCCCCGGCUCGAUAAUACUCUGCAUCACAACAUGGGUGUGCAAGGCCAGGGCAACAUUUAUUCAACUGCUGGCUCCCAUAUGGGUCAGAUGGGUCAGAUAGGUCAGGGUUAUGAUGCAGGCUACUUGCGCAACGACUACGCUUCGCGCCACGAGUACAUGGAUCAUGGAGAGCAUGCUGGCCCUUUGAAGAAGGCAAUUGCUCACACGGAUAGUCUUUACAAGUACCUCGAUUGGGAGAACCCUCUGCGUACCGUCGGAUCCUAUGUUACUGCUGCAAGCUUGUUGCUUGGGUUGCAUUACUUUCCUCUUACUUCGUUGCUUUUGAAGGCUGUUGCAACCGUCUUGGGAGUCAUGUCGGUUGCAGCUUUUGCUGGUCAGUCCUUCAACAGCAAUGCCAACACCAAAACUCGACAUGACCGCCGUAACUACACAAAAGUUCCAGAGGCUACAUUGAACGCGACUCUGAGAGAUGUUCACGACUUUGUUCAGUAUGCUGUUGUCGAAGCUCAGAGAAUCCUCUUUGGCGAAGACUUGUCCAAGACACUUGCCGCAUUUGCCGGUACCACUGCUCUGUACUGGUUCAUCAAAGUGCUGUCCCCAUUCGGUCUGACUUUUCUGGGUCUAACAUCUGUUUACAUUGGCACGCUUAUUGCCUCUCCACGUGGACGUGCAGCCACUCGGGCAGCAGGUAGACGUGCCAGCGAUGUAACCAGCGCAGCCGCACAGAGAGGCAAGGCUUUUGCAAGAAGUGGCAAAAAACAGGCUGUCGACAUGUCAAACCAAGCUCAGGAGACCGCUUCGGAUGCGCAGAAGAAUAUCUCCGACACGGUCAGCAGUACCACAAAGAAUGUAUCCGACACAGUGAGCAGCAGUGCAAAGAAUGUAUCCGACACAGUUGGUAGCGGUACAAAAAGCACCACCACCAAUCUUGCUCAAAAACUGGGCAUUUCUGGCAACGAUUCUCAAGAUGCUGGUCUUGAGUCUACCAAACGCACAUCUGAUUCUGCAUCUACUGGCAUAUCGAGUGGUGUGUCCUCCCAUAGGACAGUGGACACCGAGCCGCGCCAUACCAAAGGAAACAAGUCUGGGAGCCGCAAUACCGGAACGUCCAAGUCUGUACUCUCUGGCGAUAUGACUAGCAACUACACGACCAGUACAAUGCUUGGAGAGGGCGACAAGAGUUUCGAUACUGCCGGUGCUGCGUCACAUGGCACACAAAACGUGCCCCGUUCUACUGUUGCCAUGGAUCACGCAGCAACGAGCAAUUUUCCAGGUUAUGGAAAUGUUGACCCUUAUAUCGGAAGUUCAACUAAUGCCACAACUGCAACGGACAACUCAUUGAACCAGGGUACGGGCAGCACGAAUCCGUUCAUACACAAUGCCGGCUUGGGAGCCACAGGUGGUAACGCUGGUGAUGCCAUGUCCGACAAGAAAGCCGGUGACGCUCGAACGGCAAAACUUGCUAAAGGUGUUUCUGUAGGUAAGACGGAUAUUUGA